AUGGAACCCAUCAUCAAACCAGUUGCGCAGAGGAAAUUCCAGUCGGUGGAACACAAUCUAUCUGAGACUGUUUACAACAAAGAGUAUCUGGCUGCUCUUAUGGAUUGUCCUCAUAUAAUGAGAAAUGUAGCCAUUGCUGGUCAUCUUCAUCAUGGAAAGACAACUUUUUUGGAUUGCCUCAUGGAAGAAACACAUCCUGAGUUUUUCCGUGCAGAAGAUGCUGACACUAGAUACACGGAUACGCUUUUUAUUGAGCAACAACACGGUUGCUCUAUUAAGGCAAUGUUUGUCACAACUGUGAUGCAAGACACUCGCCAUAAGAGUUACCUCUUGAAUAUUAUUGAUGCUCAAGGAACCUUUGCCCAUCACGUUAUGUGUCAAUAUAAUCGAUCGCCUAAUUUUGAAGGUGAAGAUGCUUCCACGGAUGCUUACUACAAACUGCGACUGGUUAUCGACCAAGUGAAUGCUUUGCUCCAAACGUUCUCAACGGAGGAAAAUACUGCUGUCUUCUUUGCUAGAGAAUCUGAUUUUGCAUCUAGCCACUACAACUUAUGCUUCUCGCUCCUCUCUUUUACCAACAUCUAUGCUGAUCGAUAUCGAAACAUGCAUGCUCAUGAGUUUGCACGUCGGCUCUGGGGUAAGCUUACAGAAGAAGAGCAGAAAAUGAAUGUGCGACCAUUCAUUGCGCUUAUUUGCAAGCGCUUCUUUGGAGAUUUCAAAGCAUUUGUGGAUCUAGUUGUGAAGAACAUUAAAUCUCCCAUAGAGAAGUCAUAG